CGUACUCUAAUUUCUCUCAAACAGAGCGGAUACUGUCUGAUCAAUUGGUAAUCCUGGAACAAUGCUGGAGCACGGAUGCUGCAUUUGUAAAAUAAUGGAAGGAGGCAAAGGAACUCGUCAAGGUCAAGCAAUACAGAAUAAGUUGUCAGAAACAGUGAUAAAAUACUUCCGUAUUUUUCUCGUCUCGCAGACACGCAGUUCAUGCCCAUCUGGACGCUAUAAUGCCAUUUGUCCUAGGGUUACGUGAAAACACAAAGUAUGUUUGGACCUACGAGGCAUUAAACCAUUGAAGAUAUAUUCCUUUACUUGUUGAAGUCUUGUGAAUUUGUGGGAGACUGUGUUACUUAUGAUGGACAUCGGUACACCCACGAAAGCAAAGAUUUUAGCUAACGAUAAAACGGAACCGUGGAACUCUGUAUUUAUCAAGCCUGAGCCCGAAGAAUAUAGCCCUGUAAAUGACAGCAUUUAUUCCAUGGAUCAAGCAGUGAAGUCUGAGCUAGAAGACACAGCUUUAUCAGGGAGACAAAGUGUACUUGCAAUCACAAAGAAUUCAAACAAUUCAAGGGAAUACAUUCACUCGAUUAAUAUUACAAAUAUUUCUGAGAAGAGGAGAGACUAUCGUAUGAAGAGAGGAUUACAGUCAGCAUCGUCAAUGUUAAGUAGAAGAAAGAUUCACUGGUGUGACCAAUGUCAGAGGGAGUUUAAGACCGCACAAAGCUUAAGGUAUCAUAUUGGAACCCAUACAGGGAACAAGCUCUUUCACUGUUCUGUCUGCAAUAAGGGUUUUCAAAGACUAUAUGAUAUGAAUGACCACAUGAGAAUCCAUUCGGAUGUAAAGCCAUUCGAGUGUGGAAUCUGCAAGAAGGGUUUUCUUAGACCACGAGAUUUAAAAUUCCACAUGGCAGUACAUUCAGACCAAAAACCACACGAAUGUCCUGUAUGCAAGAAAAGAUUCUUAAGAACACACGACCUUAAGGAACACGUGGGUACACAUUCCAAUAACAAACCACACAAGUGUAAUAUCUGUAACAAAGGAUUCCAAAGGGCAGACAGGUUACGGUCCCAUAUAAAUACUCAUGCUGAGACCAAACCUUACAUAUGUCCAGUCUGUGCAAAAGGUCUCUCCAGAUCUUUCGAUCUCAAGGUACACAUGAGAACGCACUCCGAUGUAAAACCUUUUGAAUGCCAAAUUUGUAAACAGGGCUUUCUCAGGAGAUGUGACCUCACGUCGCAUAUGCAUGUUCAUGAGAACAAAAAACCAUUUGUUUGUGACGUCUGCAAAAAGGGGUUUGUCAGGAUGUCGUACUUAAGGGUUCACAAGAGGAUACAUCUGGAUGAAAAACCAUUUGAAUGUGAAAUCUGUUGUAAACGUUUCAUUAGGACACAUGACUUAAACAUUCACAUGCGUUGGCACACAGGCGAAAAGCCAUUUGAGUGUGACAUUUGUAAGAAAAGGUUUCGAAAUCACCACGCGAUGAAGUUGCAUAUAAUGGCGCAUAUGGAGGGUGGUCGUCCUUAUAAAUGUCCCAUUUGCAAUCGAGGUUUUCAACGUGCAGACUUUGUCAACAUUCACUUAAAAACGCACAGAAGGAAAGGUGAGAUCAGUGAGAACGAUGAAAUUCUUUUAACUAAUAUACAAAGAGAACAGUCUAAAAAUGCAAUGAUUCUUCUAGAGAAUUUCUUAGAACCUGACGACUCUGAGUGCCUAGAGAUUGAGAAUCAAUCAGGGCACACGUUAAUUAAUCAAGAAAUAGUGAGCAUGCUGAAAACUGAAUUAGGUACGUGUAGUGAUACCCAAGAUGAGAGAAGUCUAGAAAUAAUUACGUAUAACAGUGUAACUUCUGGCGAUGAUAACAAUGAUGGUGAUAAUGUACCAGUACAAAGCAAUGAUGGUCAAGGUAGAAUUGAAAGUAAUUUUAUUACAAAAGACAGUGUUGAGCAUCAAAAUUGUAAUAGACAAAGUGAGAUGACAUUUAUUAAAAAAGAGCCUACAGAUACAGCAGAUAAUGCAGACGUGGAUGCUGUAAGUGCAUUUGAGAGAAAACGACAGCUUGAGUGUGUCAAUAUAAAAAAUGAGCCUACCGAAACAGACUGAAUGGAAAAGAAUUCUUUUAGAUAUAAUAAAUUUCUAAUUUAUUGCACAUAGACUUUAUGUGAUAUAACAUACCAACACAUUAAAAAGACAGACAUAAUUUUAAUGGCUACCUAACAACGUAUAGGUACACUGAAAUCUUCGAUAGAUUCUUACAUUUUUUAUACCAAAUAAAUAUCGUGAAAAUUGCGAUACCUAAAGAUAAAAAUAAAAUUCUGACUUGAGGUUAGUAGAAAGUGAACAAGGAGGAAAUGCAGUACAGAUUGUGUAUACUGCAAGGGUGAAUAAUUAAAAAGACCCCAUUAUAAAAUAAGGAAAAGAAUAAUUGUUAUUUUUUUAUUCUAUUCUGCCGAAUAAUUAAUUACACAGUGAGGACUUUAAUAAGCAUACAUAUAUUCUCGGAGCAAUUAAAAUGACUGCUGGAUAAAGUUCUCAAUACGUAAUCUCUCAUUUUUAAAUAUUGUAUGAAACCACAACGAAUAGAUGAAAGUUAAUUACAUUGGAAGGAACUAUUUUUUAAUUGUUAUCGCGUGGAGACAAUACAAACUUUACCAGUAGAUUUUAUUUUUAUUUUCAAACACUUUUCAUUAGUGAUCUCUUAAUGUGGCGGUUGUCAUUAUUUCAUAUUUUUAUUUAAUCACUGCGGUCCAAUGUAUUCUUAUCGGAAUAGCGUAUACUUAUUCAAUUCAUACACGAUGAACGUAAGACGUUUAUCUAUUUAGUCAAUUAUGAAAAAAAAUGGAAUCUAUUCUGUCUAAUAAAAAUAUUAUAAAAACA